GACCUUGGGGGCGGGGCCACGGCCGAGGGCGGGGCAAGGAGGCAGCAUGCUAAACCGGGUGCGCUCGGCAGUCGCGCACCUGGUGAGCUCCGGGGGCGCCCCGCCUCCGCGCCCCAAGUCCCCUGACCUGCCAAGAGCGAACUCAUCGCCAACCGCCGACCCUCCAGAAGCGCCCAGGAGCCCUCCGGCGAAGGCUGGGAGAGGGAAGGCGGCGCCGGAGAAGACAGCGGAGACUCGAGCGAGCUUCUCCCGACCGACCUUUCUACAGCUGAGCCCGGGGGGGCUGCGGCGAGCGGACGACCACGCCGGCCGGGCAGUGCAAAGCCCCCCGGACACCGGCCGUCGCCUGCCCUGGAGCACGGGCUACGCAGAGGUCAUCAACGCCGGCAAGAGCCGGCACAAUGAGGAUCAGGCUUGCUGUGAAGUGGUGUACGUGGAAGGUCGAAAGAAUGUUUCAGGGGCAACCAGGGAACCUUACGGAGGCCAGGGGCUCUACUUCUACUACUGGGGCCUGUUUGACGGGCAUGCAGGGGGUGGAGCUGCUGAAAUGGCCUCCCGGCUUCUACAUCGACACAUUCGGGAACAGCUACAGGGCUUGGUAGAGAUACUCCAGGACCCCUCACCACCUCCUCUCUGCCUCCCAUCCACUCCUGGGACUCCAGGUUUCUCUGAUCCUACUCACGUGGUUGGUCCUCAUUCCUGCUCAUCUUCACAGAAGGAAGUGACCCAUGAGAGCCUAGUGGUGGGGGCUAUUGAGAAUGCCUUCCAGUUCAUGGAUGAACAGAUGGCCCAGGAGUGGCAUGGCCACCAAGUGGAGGGGGGCUGCUGUGCGCUGGUCGUAGUCUACUUGCUAGGCAAGGUGUAUGUGGCCAAUGCAGGUGAUAGCAGAGCCAUCAUUGUCCGGAACAAUGAAAUCAUUCCAAUGUCCAGGGAGUUCACCCCGGAGACUGAGCGCCAGCGUCUUCAACUGCUUGGCUUCCUGAAACCAGAGCUGUUGGGUGGUGAGUUCACCCACCUGGAGUUCCCCCGCAGAGUGCAGCCCAAGGAGCUGGGUCAGAAGAUACUGUACCGGGACCAGAAUAUGACUGGCUGGGCCUACAAAAAGAUCGAGCUUGAGGAUCUCAGGUUUCCUCUGGUCUGUGGGGAGGGCAAAAAGGCCCGAGUGAUGGCCACUAUUGGGGUGACCCGAGGCUUGGGAGACCACAACCUCAAGGUCUAUAGCUCCACCCUGCCCAUCAAGCCCUUCCUCUCCUGCUUCCCUGAGGUGCAAGUGUAUGACCUAACACAGUAUGAGCACUGUCCAGAUGAUGUGCUUGUCCUGGGGACAGAUGGGCUGUGGGACGUCACCAGUGAUGAUGAGGUAGCCGCCACUGUGGACAGGGUGCUGUCAGCCUAUGAGCCCAAUGACCCCAGCAGGUACACAGCUCUGGCCCAAGCUCUGGUCCUGGGGGCCCGGGGCACCCCUCGGGACCGUGGCUGGCGUCUCCCCAACAACAAGCUGGGUUCCGGGGAUGACAUCUCGGUCUUCGUCAUUCCCCUGGGAGGGCCAGGCAGUUACUCCUGAUGGGCUCAGCCCCAGCCCUCCCACCAGCAUCCCAGCCUCUCCAUGCUUCACCUUCCCCAACUCCAAAAUGCUCUCCCUGACCUUCUUUAGUGACAAAUUUAACUGAAGAAGGGAUGCCAGUCAGAUCUUCAAAUCACAGCUCUUGGCAAAUAAACCAGGUCGAUAAA